CUCCUCUCUCUCUCUCCUCAUCAUCAUCAUCAUCAUCAUCGACACCCCCAAACUCUUCAUCCCAGCAGCCAUCAGCCACUCGAGGCUCCUCGGCUACUUCCUCUCUCUCUCUUUGACAUCCUCGUCAUUCUUUAUCUCCCACUCUCUCUCUCUCUCUCUCUUUACCUAGUCACCUCGACGCUCGCCCCUCCUCCCAUCCUCUCGCACGCUCUCUCGCACGCUCUCUCGAGACCCGUCACUGCGACUAGCACAGACCUUGCUCUUUCUCUCUCCCUGCUCUUCUCUCCUUGCUCUCGCUACCUCGUCGUCCUCUGUAACUACAGGGGCUCAUCUAUCACCUUCUCUCCCUCUCCCUCUCUCUCUCUUUCUUUACUCGAAAAACAACAACAGCAUGCUCGCCCUCCUCGUUCUCCUCGUCUCGCUCUUCGCCCUCGUUGCCGCCGCCCCGAUCCCUCACGCCAAGCGCUUUGAGGGCAAGGCCACGUACUACGUCGCCGGUCUCGGCGCUUGCGGCAACUACAACACUGGCGCCGACAUGAUCGUUGCCCUCAACCAAGCCCAGUGGGACGGCGGUGCCCACUGUGGCAAGAGCAUUACCAUCACCGAGGGCGGCAAGACGGCGCAAGCGACUAUCGUCGACCUCUGCCCCGGAUGCCCCUACGGCGCCCUCGACCUUUCCGAGAGCCUCUUCUCCGUCUUCCACGACCAUGGCAAGGGUGUGUUCCAGCUGAGCUGGAACUUUAACGACGGUUCGGGCGGCGGUGGCGGUGGCAACGGUGGCCAGCAGCAGCAGCAGCCCUCUGAGACGCCUGCUCCCGCUCCCAACUCGCCCUCGCCGCAGCCUCAGCCCCAGCCGACCCCAACCCCGACCCCGACGCCUUCGCCCGAAGCCCAGACGCCGUCGAGCUCGCAAAGCACCCCCUCGUCAUCGAGCAUUUCUUCGGGCUCGUCCUCGUCCUCGGCUCCCGUCAGCUCGAGCUCGGUCCUCUCCCUUUCCAACUCGACGAUUACGUCGUCCACCCUUUCGUCCAACUCGACUUGGAGCACUUCUUCUCUCCCCGCAUCCGCCAGCGCGACCAACGACGCCAUCCUCGCCGACUCGCCGAGCCCAGACGGCGCCCUCGCCGACCUCGGCGAGCUUGUCGCCUCCCUCGGCCGCAUCGUCGUCGUCGGCGCCACGGCGUAACCGUCUCUCAUCUACGUCCUGGGCGCAGGACGGCGUUGUACUACCACUCCACUCCCGGACACUGGCGCAUGGGUCCCGGCACAGGUGCCGGUUCAUACCUGUAUCGACUAUGGGUUUAUAAUGCCGCAGCGCGGCGUACAUCUGGUCAGCGGCUAGUCCGCGACCGUGCCCUGUGGGCGAUGUUACCUUUUUUUUCUUUU